AUGCUGUUUGACGGGAGAGCAGCGAUCCAGGGCAGUUUCUUGCAAGGUUUCCUCGCCUCCCUUUCCGUGGUGAUUGUCUCGGAAUUGGGAGACAAGACCUUCUUCAUAGCGGCUAUAAUGGCCAUGAAACAUCCGAGGAUCAUAGUGUUUGCUGGUGCCAUAUCUGCAUUGGUGUUCAUGACAAUAUUAUCAGCGGCAUUCGGAUGGAUAGCCACGGUUAUACCUCGAGUGUACACGUACUACGCAAGUGCUAUAUUGUUCGCGAUAUUCGGUAUAAAAAUGUUAAGGGACGGUUGGAAAAUGGAUCCCAACGAAGGUCAAGAAGAAUUAGAAGAAGUACAAAGCGAAUUGAAAAGAAGAGAAGAUCAGGACGCGCAAAAAGAGCGUUCGAAGUCGCCUGACGCGACGUCGGUGGUGACUUCUGGUUCCCAAAGCCCGGGGCCUUCGUCCCCCGAUGUGGAGAGACGGCCAGUGUCCCCCGCGGAGCCCGUAGCGGGCAGCUCGGCGCAAUCAGAACCGCUGAGGGAAGAAAAAGAAGAGACCUUAGAUAUGUUAGAACAAGGUCAAAUUGAAAAUAGGCGGCGGAAACGUAACGCCGUGCUGAAGGUGCUUCUCCAAGCUGCGUCACUGACCUUCUUAGCUGAAUGGGGGGAUAGGUCGCAGCUUGCCACCGUUGUGUUGGCGACGAGAGAACACGCGGUGGGCGUCGUCGUUGGGGGAUCCCUUGGCCACGCACUCUGCACUGGCCUGGCUGUGAUAGGCGGUCGCAUGGUUGCCGCCAAGAUUUCUGUUAGGACUGUUACCAUAAUCGGUGGUAUAGUGUUCCUGUUCUUCGCUGUGAGCGCCCUCUUCAUUGGGCCCGGUGAAUAAGUCCUAGUUGUAAAUUUACGUGUAAGUGACAAUAUGUAAUGUACAUUGUUAUUUUAGCUUAUAGACAAUCUCACUUUGUUUUUUUUGUGUAAUUUAUUGUUAAACGUUAAAGUAUUAGACGUAGGGCAACACUGACUUAACUAGGGUAUCGGUCUAGAAUUUUAUUAUUUAAAUAAUAAACUUGUUGGUCUA